AUGGGAAGAGUGUCGCUGCAGAAGAACGCAACACACUGGUGCGGCGCCACCAUCUUGAACCAAGACUGGGCACUCACUGCAGCUCACUGUGUCGAAGUCAGCGAGGACACGUACGAGGUGCUAGCUGGUACCAACAGCGUCAUCGAAGGGGGUACCAGACACACAGUGACAGACAUCAUUUCUCACGAGGGAUACAACGCCAGUGAUUCCUGGGUCAACGACAUCGCCGUAUUGAAGGUAUCUCCAGCUUUUCCAAUUGAUGGCGUCACGGUGGCGCCAAUUCAGCUCCCGGAGCAGGGAGAGGAGGUUCCAGAUAGCGCCACCGUCACGGUCGUCGGGUGGGGAAAACUGUGGUACUUUGGACCGUAUCCAUAUGGCCUGCUCAAAGUGAAUGUACGAACUUGGGCGCAAUGGCUGUGCGAGUCUGUGUACGCUGACAUCAACUACAGCAUCUACCCUACACAGAUCUGUGCAAUUCUUUUCGAGGACAGGAAGUACUACGACGCCUGCAGUGUAAGUAAACGGCAAGCUGGUGGUGAAAAGUACGUAUGGGCGAGGAAGGGCCAUUAUUCUGUAUGA